GCGACCACGGCUACCAUUUCCGACAGUUCGGAACAACAAUUUCAGCAGAAUAUUCUCUGCAAGACCAUCACGAUAAUGAUACGUUCAACUUGACAUCUGAAAAAGCAGCGCUCGUUUCACAAUUUUGUUUUGAAUUAUUACAAGAUGUAUAGAAUUGACCCAAGAUAAACGUUAUCAAUAACAACAGCUCAAAAUUCGAAGCAACCUUGUGAGACUGUUGAAUUUUGCGGCGUUGAGAAGGUUUCUGUGAUAGUUGUUCCUCGAAAAAUAUGUCUCUGUGCCGAUUUAACGAAGAUAGUGAGAAGGAGGGUAGAAUUUGUGAUUUUACCGCGAACAAACAUCUAGGCACUUUUCUGCCUGUUAUAAACAGCCUCGACGAUCUGAUCAGGGAACUGAAGGUACUCUUCGACAGUGACAAAGUGAAUGUGGAGUUCUUGAAUUAUUUGAUGAAGUCUUAUAAGUCGAAACCGGCCGAUUGGAAGAAAUUUGCGAAGUUUGACAGAUACAGAUACACAAGAAAUUUGGUGGACACCGGAAAUGGAAAAUAUAACCUUAUGUUAUUGUGCUGGGGUGAAGGACAUGGUUCUGGCAUACACGACCAUGCAAACUCGCACUGCUUCAUGAAAGUACUUCAGGGAUCUAUAGAAGAAGUAAAAUUUGCCUGGCCCACCAGUGAAGGAGAAGAGCUGAAAGAAAUUGGACGAACAAAAUUAGAACUAAAUGAUACAUGUUACAUCAACAACUCAAUUGGUCUUCAUCGAGUAGAAAAUUCUUCAAACGUUGACACAGCUAUCAGCCUCCAUCUCUAUUGUCCGCCUUAUGACAAGUGUUUAGUUUUCAACAAAAAUACCGCACAAACAAGUGUUUCGACAGUCACAUUUUAUUCCAUGUACGGAGUUCGACUCAAGGGAGCCAACAAGCCUGUUCCUGAACCAGAAGACAACUAACCUGAUUGGAAGGUUAAUUUUUAUCGUUUUCAAUAUGGAAAUUUUGUCUCAGAGGAUAUAUUCCAAAAAUCGUGUAGUUGAUGUGUACCAUUUUGAAAUAUUUAUGUCAUAAAAGUGUAAAUGAUAUUAUUUCCACUGAUUAUUGGUGUUAUGAGUCUGUAAUAUAAUUAAUUAACAUGUUAGGAAUAUUGUUGUUGUCGAUAUAUUAAAUUGAUGUAUAUGUUCAAA